CUUGAUGAGUACACCAUAAACAGUUGUCCAGACUGCAGUUCAAUAUUUCUUUGGACAUUAGAAUUUUGUUAUACUAGAUUUUCUGCGCAUGCGUGACACAAUGCAAUGUUCCUCUUACAAUUUGUAAGUUGCUAUCGUGUCAGCAGAUAAUUAAAGAUUUACGGAAAACAACGGAAGAAGUCAAAAACGACAUUUUAUAAUCUUACUCUAAAAUAACUUCAAUCGUAAUAAAGUACUUAUAAUGGAGGAAAAUUUAAUGUUGAUUCUCGGCGAAAACUGUGUCGAAGUGUCAAAAGAGAAACUAGCGAAUAAAAGCCGCUAUUUUGCAUCCCUUUUCUCUCAUAAUUUUGCUGAUUCUCAUAACAAGCAGCAUAUUAUAAAUUAUGAUAUUGCUUUGUCUACUUUACAGAAUUUUAUAGAAUGGACUCCCGAUGAUCAGGAACGCGUAGAUAUUCAGUGCCAUUCAAUAAAAUCUUCUAUGACAAAGUUUGUAAAAGAUAAUUUCGAAGACUUAUUAAAUUUAUUAGAAUUGAGCGUAUUGUUUAUAGUUGACGAACUAAUAAGCGACAUUGAAGAUAUUAUAAUUUUGUUUUGGUUGGAGCCAGAGAAAGUAAUUGAUAUAUGGUUAUUAGCACAAGAGUUGGGUUUAAAGGUAUUACAAGGCAUUUGUAUAUCUAUAUGUUUAGACCGUUUUGAAGAACUUCCUUUAUCUUUGCUUCUCAAAUUAACUAAAAAUAACAUUACUCAACUGUUACAAAAUGUUAAUGUGAGAGCAUCUAACAAGUACCUGCAUUUUGUAAGAGAUAAAUGGAUGCUGCAUCACAUGAUAUCGGAUAUUCCAGAUAUAAAAGAUGAGAGAAAACCCAAGUUUAUACGCACUAUGGUAGUGCACAAACUGCCUGAAUCUGCUAAUACAGGUGAAUAUUUAUACCUUUGGAAUGGUGAUGUUUUCUCUGAAUGUAUGCAAGUGAGUAGCGUACAAGGUCCGCAAAAAGGGCUCAGUGGAAUGGGAACAACUGGUAGAGGUUUUAGUUUAUAUACAGCUGGAGGAGAAAUGGGUAUAGGAAAUGGAAAAAUUAGUAAUAGUAUUUGGCGAUACUGUUUAAUAUCUAAAAAAUGGUUUCAUUAUGCAAAAAUGCCGCAGCCAAAAAGACACAUGGUUAUUGUGUUUAUAGGAAAUCAGUUACUAAUAGUCGGCGGAGUAGGAAAAAAUAGAAUAAAGUCAACAGCAAUGUAUUCUCUUAAUAUUCAUAAAGGUACAUGGUGUCAUGGUCCUACAUUACCGUGUUGUUUCACAGAAGUUCCCCCUCAUUGCGUUAUGAACGGAAAAUUGUUUUUAAUAACGUCCGACGUUUAUGUGUAUGAUCCGCGAGCAGAGUGGUGGAUCAAAAUAAUGAGUGAUAUUCCCAUUGUAAUCGAUGCGUGUUUCACUCCUAAUACAACUUUAUUUCAAACUCCUGACACAAACUUUUUUCAAAGUGAUAAACAUCGAGACAAGACAACCUUGUCGAGAAUUGAUGUCAUGAGGGAAUCAGUUUGUGAGAAGAAAGACUGUUCAAGGCGGCACUUGAAUUCCCUACCUAACAACCCUAUCUAUUGCACCCAUAAGUCUAAAUAUAAUUAUGGUUGUCAAUUAAGUUAUGCUAAGGUAGCUGGUAUUGGUGUGAUGCUUAUGCAAUAUCCACACGACGAGGAAUAUAAGUAUUUGCAUUCGCACACAGAAUCGAGGAGAGAUUCUGUAAACUUUACUAUUCCCCGGGGUGGAGGAUCUUUUCAAAUCAUUGAUCCCGAUACUUUGUAUGAUACUGUGUAAUUAUAAUUUUUGUAU